UGUACCCACUGCUGCAUGAGCUCACCUACCAGGCCAUGGCCUACGACCUGCUCAGCAUUGAGAACGACACCUACAAGUACGAGACGACAGGGACCAGCGACUUGUGGGAGAAAGAGGCGCUGCUGGACGAAGACAACGAACUCUAGGUGCAGCUACGGCACAUGCACAUCGCUGACAUCUCCAAGCCAACAUCGAGGACCUGUCCCAGAUGCUGAAGAAGAUGCCCCAGUACCAGAAAGAGCUGAACAAGGAAGGAGGUUUGCUGGGAAGAGAUGGGGUCUGUCUGUCAAGAAGGAGAAGAACAUCUUGGUGCACUGACUCACCAACCUUAUGAGAAGAGCUUAAAACUAAGUUCAGAGGGGGCAGGUGAAAAAAGCCACCAGGUGAAAAAAGCACAUACCUGGUCGGCAGCAGAUUAUGUGGUACGCUACAGUCACAUCGAUGUCAUAAUAGUGCUUGCACAAUCUGCACUGGCUGUCCUGGACAUGACAGACUGAGAGACCAGUUGCCUCUCAGUACGGGAGCUCUUUGGAGAAAGGACUGUCUGGAGGAAGUGUUGAGGAAAGAUUCAAACAUGAAUACAUUUGUGACUGAGCAGGAGGUAACCGACAGAGGUGUUUAUAAUGAGGUUGUUUCCCUCUUGGCACAUAUGGAUGACCAAGAUAAGGACAAAAUUGCCCUCAGGAUUGCCUGUAUAGCUGAGACCAAGCUGGCUAGCAUUGUGACAGUUCUGCUAGAGAAACUGCAACUGGAUGAGCAAAACAGAGUAGACAUUUACUAUGUCCUGGAGAAGGUAUUACAGCAGGACACCGGGGGCCUAGAGAGAAGGCUAGUGAACAAAAUAAUAACCCUAGCCUUUGACCAGAUGAGAGAGAGUCAGGUAAUCAACAAAUGAAGUCAAAGUGGCAGCUAGCAACACGUUAGUGACUCUGGCACGCUGCUAUUUCGAUCAUGUCAUGUCUGAGCUGCUCUGUCAUCUGAAACCACCAAAUCUGCCUGAAGAAUUUGUUUUAAUUACGUUGGGAAACUUGUCAUCAGCCUAUGCACUUAAGUGUAUCCCUUUUGUGAGAAUAACCCUGAACGCCAUGUUCCACAUGUUGGAGUUAGUCAAUGACAGCCGGAUGAGACAAGCAUUUUGUGGUGUUCUGGAAAAAUGGUCAAGGGCAGUAAAGCUCUUUUUGACUAACUGGGAAAAGUGCCCAUUCCCUAUAGCGGGUGAAUUGCGACUCUGCAAUCAUUUUCUUCCCAUGUAUUCUCAUGUGACCAGCAACUGGCUGACCUGUGAGGAGCCGGAGCUCAAGCAGGCAAUCAUCAAAGCCCUUGGUCCCAUGAUGAGCCUUCUGCUCCAUAAAGAGGAGUAUCGGGAUCAGAUAUUUGAAACGAUCUCAUGGCUCCUUGAACAAUAUAAGGAGGACACUCAUGUUUUUCACAUCACGAAGAGUCUGAGCCAGCUCUUGGAGGUCUCUGGUGAACAUAAGAUCCCUCUCCCUAAAGGGGAGUUUCAAGCCAUCUGCAGUGCUCUGCACAACCAGAUCUGUUCUCAAGCUAAGCCGCUCAGCACAGAAAAUCACGCAGAGCUGGUCCAUUGUAUAAUUCUGCUAGCCCGUUCUUCUCCGGAGGAUCUGAUAGCAUUUCUGCACUCCCAGCUGAAGAUUAAGAAUGAGGCUGUUUGCGUGACAUCUUUGAAUCUGCUCAGAGCUAUUGUUGAUGCUGACUUGCCCGAGACAAGACUGAAAAAGUUUCUGAUUGUGAAGGCAGUGAAAUCCACUCUGGGUGAUCAGAAUGCUACGGUGAGGACGGCAGUUCUUCAUUUCAUCCGGAAGCUGCUCAGCUUGGAAAGUGUGGAGAAUUGUGAAGCAUGGGAGAUGGUAGCACAUGUUUUCAGGGAGUUCAGUGUGUCCACCAGCAAACUGGCUAUUCAGGAAGAAAACACUAUCCAAAGCCUGUGCAUUGACAUCCUGCAAUGUCUGGACACCUCAGUCAGUGGAAUGACCCAAGUGCUAUGGCCAAGGCUUCUAGAAUAUGUGGUGCCAGCUGAGUACACUGGUACUUUGAAGCCUCUCUGCAGAUGCCUUAGGGAACUGGUUGAGAAAAAGCAGCAGGAAGGAGAAGAAGCUGCUUGCCUCGACUACGGUGGACCAGUGAAACUCCCUACACCCCAGGGGCUGCUGGCACGACUCCUGGUAGUAGCCUCAUCCCCUUAUUCAGGAGAAGGACACGGAUGUGCUGCCUUGCAGUUACUACAGGCCCUGCACCAAAAUAUCCAUGCAGCAGUGGGUGAGAUGUGGGUAGUAAAGAUCCCAUCUCUGGUGCAGUACAUUGAAGGAAACACAGAGAAUUCCCUGGACUGUGCGCGGUGGGAGCACAUGCUGCUUCAGUUCCUAAGAACAUCUCUGGAGAUGAUAGACGACAGUGCCUGGAGCAGGCAGAUAAGCCUUGAGUUGAGCCAGCAGAUGGCCGGCUACGCCAGCCCCUCCAAUGAGAAGAGUUUCCUGUAUAAGGCGCUAGGAACAUCCUUGGCAGUUUGUCAGGACCUGGUCCAUGUUAAAUCACAGCUUCAGCAAUUUCUGACAACAACAGAUUAUAUGGAAGUCCCUGAGAGACAGGGAGUCAUUUCCAUCCUCGCAUUCUCUGCUGAGAGCCAUCUGGACCUCACCUUGAACGCACUUCAGGAGUUUGGGGCUGCAAUGAGCAAGGUUAAGGUUUCUGGGUUCAUCAGCCGCCUGAAGGUAAAGGAGCCAGGGGGUUCUCUCAAACUUCCUCUCCCUCUAAAGCAGGGGCAGCAGCUCUGGGGUAGUGUCUCCUCUGGUCAGCUAGCAUUGUCCCCCAGUGUAUGCGUUCUACGUGAUGCCUGCAGUUAAGCAGAGAGAAGCACAAUCUGGAGCUGGGGUUCUCGCAAAUGAUUUUAUCAUCUGAUGUCUCAUGGCUUGAGCGCCCCUCCCAUGCACAAUGUGUGGGAACUACCUCAGUGGCUUGCAUGGAAAAGCAUUUAAGGUCUUUUUAGCGUUUUUUUUAAUCCCAGUUAGUAGCUGGAAAUGAGGAGGUGUUGCAAGCAACAUGUGG